CUGUGACAGGAAGAAGGUGUGUGUACAGGGGCGGGGCCAGAGGGGAUUGUUACGAUCAGGUGCUUCCUUGUUGACAGGAGCCGUCGUCGUGCCAGAUGAUUGACAUCCUGAGUUCCCGCCCCUGUUCUACGAGUGCGAAAAAACAAGGCAGGAACUGUCAAUCAGCGAGGUGGAGCGGGAGCCUGUCACCGGGGAAACGGACGCAACCGGAGCCCUGGACUGUCAAGGCGAGUGCAGCUGGAGCUCGCUUCGUUACUCGCUUUGCAAUAUUCCGGCUCGGAUUGAAGUCCUGUAUCUGCAACUCUAGCGCAUCCCUGUCAUGGAUUGGUCGAGAUAACAUCAGAGGCUCAGAAAUAAAGCCAUGGCGGAAGGAAAGGCGGAACGUGGUGUCCCGUCUCUGGUGCCUUCGUGUUCUGUUUCGCCCUCCUGGGCCAAAAAAGAGGGAGUUGAAACUGUGUCAAACGGAGACUGUGUGGGAGAAGAGCCGGUUACUGCAGCGGUAGGAGUCCUGCCAUCAAGUCCCGGAGCAGACACACACACACCUUCACCAGCAACAGCACCAUCCCAAGAUGGAAAACCAGGCAUCCCUCGGAGGAGCAGCAUCAUCAAGGAUGGCAGCAGACAACGAAGGGAGAGAAAGAAAACGGUCUCCUUCAGCAGCAUGCCGACAGAAAAGAAGAUCAGCAGUGCCAGUGACUGUAUCAAUUCAAUGAUUGAAGGGUCUGAACUUAAAAAGAUUCGCUCAAAUUCUAGAGUCUAUCAUCGUUAUUUCCUUUUGGAUGCAGACAUGCAAUCCCUUAGAUGGGAUCCUUCAAAGAAAGAAUCGGAUAAAGCGAAAAUUGACAUAACGUCAAUAAAGGAGGUUCGGACGGGAAGAAAUACGGAAAUGUUCCGCACCAAUGCUAUUUAUGAUCAUAUUUCAGAAGAUUGUGCAUUUUCAAUAAUAUAUGGAGAAAACUAUGAGUCACUGGACCUUGUAGCGAAUUCUGCAGAUGUAGCAAAUAUUUGGGUUACUGGUUUACGGUACCUGAUCUCUUAUGGGAAGCACACAUUGGAUAUGAUAGUCAGCAGUCACAAUAAUAUGAGGGCAUCGUGGCUUUCAAGUGUUUUUGCUACAGCUGAUACAAAGGAUGUCGGAUACAUAUCAUUUAGCAGAGCUGUGCAGCUUAUUAAAAGUCUAAACUCUGGGCUAAAAAAUACCAAAAUUGAAUUGAAAUUCAAAGAAUUGCACAAAGCAAAAGGAAAAACAGGAACAGAUGUUAUUAAAGAGGAACUUAUUGAAGUAUAUCAUGAGCUUUGCACAAGACCAGAAAUAUAUUUUUUGUUAGUCCAAUUUUCAAGCAAUAAAGAAUUUCUAGAUACCAAGGACCUGAUGAUGUUUUUGGAGGCGGAGCAGGGAAUGCCACAUGUUACAGAACAAGUGAGCAUGAACAUUAUUCAGAAGUAUGAACCAUCAAAGGAAGGACAGGAAAAAGGUUGGCUUUCCUUGGAUGGUUUUACUAAGUACCUCAUUUCACCAGAAUGCCAUAUAUUUGAUCCAGAGCACAAGAAAGUUUGUCAGGAUAUGACGCAACCAGUGUCUCACUAUUACAUUAAUGCAUCACACAACACCUACUUGAUUGAGGACCAGUUCCGAGGUCCCUCAGACAUCACAGGAUAUAUUCGUGCUCUGAAAAUGGGGUGCCGAAGUAUUGAAGUGGAUGCAUGGGAUGGUCCUGACAACGAACCCAUCAUCUACACAGGCCACACAAUGACAUCUCAGAUAGUCUUCCACCGUGUUAUAGAUGUAAUUAACAAAUAUGCUUUUGUUGCAUCAGAAUACCCUUUGAUUUUAUGUCUGGAAAAUCACUGUUCAGUUAAACAGCAGAAAGUAAUGAUCCAACAUAUGAAAAAAACCUUGGGAGACAAACUGUAUACAGAGCCCCCAACUGUGGAAGACAGUUAUUUACCCUCCCCUGAAGUCCUUAAGUACAAAAUUUUGUUAAAGGCGAAAAAGCUGCCAGAAAAUUGCACAGGUCUUGAGGGUGACAUUACCGAUGAAGAUGAAGGAGCAGAAAUGUCACAAAAGACGACAGGUGAGAAUGCAGAUCAGCAGAAUGUAGCUCCCAAAAGAUUUCUGCUUUGCAAAGAGCUCUCGGACAUGGUGAGUCUUUGUAAAUCUGUACUGUUUAAGGACUUCACAGAGUCACUUCAAAAUCAGAAAUUCUGGGAAUUUUGUUCAUUCAAUGAAGUAAUUGCUAGUAGACUUGCCAACGAAUACCCAAAGGACUUCGUGAAUUACAAUAAACGUUUUCUCGCCAGAAUAUAUCCAAAUCCAAUGAGGAUAGAUUCGAGCAACAUGAAUCCUCAGGACUUUUGGAAAUGUGGUUGCCAAGUAGUUGCAAUGAAUUACCAGACGCCCGGUUUAAUGAUGGACCUUAAUAUCGGUUGGUUCCGUCAAAAUGGGAAUUGUGGGUAUGUGCUUCGUCCUGCCAUCAUGAGAGAAGAGGUGUCCUAUUUUAGUGCCAAUACUAAAGAUUCAGUGCCAGGUGUUUCUCCUCAAUUACUCCACAUAAAAAUCAUUAGUGGCCAAAACUUUCCGAAACCCAAAGGCUCAGGUUCUAAGGGGGAUGUUGUCGAUCCCUAUGUGUAUGUCGAGAUCCAUGGAAUACCUGCAGACUGUGCAGAACAAAGGACUAAAACUGUUAAUCAAAAUGGAGAGAACCCUAUUUUUGAUGAGAGUUUUGAAUUCCAGAUUAACCUCCCUGAGCUGGCAAUGGUACGAUUUGUGGUUCUGGAUGAUGACUACAUUGGAGAUGAGUUUAUUGCUCAGUACACAAUCCCUUUUGAAUGCUUGCAACCAGGAUACAGACAUGUGCCACUUCAGUCAUUGACAGGUGAAGUUCUACCAUUUGCCUCAUUAUUUGUCCAUGUGGCCAUCACUAACCGAAGAGGUGGAGGGAAACCUCACAAACGUGGUCUUUCUGUGAGGAAAGCUAAAAAGUCAAGAGAAUAUGCUAGCAUGAGAACAAUCUUGAUAAAAUCUAUAGAUGAAGUAUUCAAGACUGUUGUCCAGCAAUUGCGGGAAGCAACUGAUCUUCGAGAAAACAUGCAGAUUGCAAUAGUUUCUUUCAAGGAAUUAUGUGGCGUAUCUCCAGUGUCCAAUUUAAUACAGUGCUUUAUGGCGUUGUCAACUCUGCUGAACAGUGAUAACAUUCCAAUUGUGGUACUGAACCUAAAAGAUGAUUACCCGUCAAUGGAGCCUCAAGGAAUGAUCCCUGAUGUACUGAAGAAAGUAGUCACUGCUUACGAAGUGAUGAUCCAGACAACCAAAGCUCUACUAGAAAAUGGUGAUGGGGUGAGUGAAAAAAUAAUGCAGUGUCAAAGAACAGCCAUGGAGUUCCAUGAAAAUCUGCACAAUAUUGGAGUUAAAGAAGGCCUAAAAGGAAGAAAGCUUCACAAGGCUGUUGAGAGCUUUACAUGGAACAUCACUAUUCUUAAGGGGCAAGCUGAUCUGCUGAAACAUGCUAAGAUUGAAGCAUUGGACAACCUGAAGCAAAUCCAUUAUGCUGCAGUGUCUUGUGGUCUGAAUAAGCCAGGCACUGGGAAUGCAGAAUCAUCCAAGACAAGGCGAAGCCUAGAGGCCAUCCCUGAGAAGGAAAAUGUGGAUAUUGGAGCUGGGGAUCGAGCUGCAGAAUUUCACCAGAAUACAACCACUGAAAAAUCCAUCAAAGCCACCAAAUGAAGACAAUCACAUGGAACAUUUGGUUUGCACUUGAAAGCCUUCUUGAGUUGGUUGGUUUUCGUACUUUGGGAAUUCUAAAGCACAAUUCUGGGUCUUGGUAUAAUGUGACAAAUGGAGUAAUGAAUGUAAUACUUCUCCAAGUGAAAAUAUACUACUAGUGAUGGAAAUUUACUACUGCUUUAAACAAGUGGUGGAACAUUGAAUGUUCAUCUGCCAAACUAAUAUGUAUAUAUGAUGUCACAAACAAUCAGUUAAAGUGUAACUUUUUUUCUAGUAACUUAUGCUGCCUUUUUACAUUCUUUUUGUAAAUGUAACAUUUCUCUAGAUACCUAAAUUACAUGUCUGAAUUUGAGUGCAAAAUGGUUGUUAUACAGAAGAAUAUGUAAAGUAUAUAUAAAUACAAUGAAGUGUCUGUAGUGAAGCCACCUAAACAUUGCAAAGCUUGUUGAGCCAUAUGUGGAAUCACGUAUCAUUGAUUGUGGUCACUGAACAUCAGUGCACUUUACAAUGACCAUUAAUCAAGCUGGAAAAAAUUUACUGUAAAUUCUGCUCUUUAGAGAUGAUUGUUAAUGUUAAAAAAACAUUUGAAGUGCUUGUACCCAAUGUCUGGUGACCAAAUAGACAGCAGCUUUUAGCAAGUUGUUGAAACAUAUAUAGUUAUUAUUUCAUGAAGUGGAAAAGUUAGGCUUAUUAAUUUCCACAAGAAAGGAUUUCCAAGCCAAUAACUUAUUCAUGCAGUGCAUUGCCAGCAGCCAUGAUCUUCCAUAUUGCUAAAUGUACAUGAUUUGCUUGGAAAGAAGGGAAAUACUUUGACCUCUCUUUCACAAGAACACAAUAGGAGCAGGAGUAGACCAAAUGGCCUCUCAAGCCUGCCCAGCCAUUCAGAAUGAUCAUGGCUGAUCUAUGCUGGCCUCAACUCCUCCUCUGUGCCACUUCCCCAUAACCCUCAAUUCCUCGAUCUUUCAAAUAUUUACCUAUCUCCACUUUAAAUUUAUCUAAUGAUCUGCCUCCACCGAUCUUGGGGGUAGACAAUUCUAGAGAUUCACAACCCUCUAGGGGUAGAAGUUUCUACGAACUUCAUUUUUAAAUGAUCUACCCCUUAUUUUGUAGCUAUGUCCCUUGUUCAUGACUCUCCCACUAGUGGAAAUAUCUGUCAAGCGCCCUUAGGAUCUUGCAUGUUUGAAUAAGGUCACCUGUCAUUCUUCCAAAUCCCAAGGAAUACAGACCCAAACUGCCCAGUCCCUCUUGAUAGGACAACCCUCUCAUCCCAGGAAUUAGCCUAUUCUAGCUCUAUGAAUUACUUGAAAAUGACAGUAUAAAGUGUUAAUAUCAUCAUUGUUGGCACACUUGAACCAAUCAAACAGUUGUUGGGUUUGUUUAGAGCGAAGCAGCAACCAACAUUUGCAUUUUUUAAAAAAUAAAGUCCAUUUGAAAUCCACCCAAAAUACUGGUCUAGUGUGCAAAGUAGUUCAGUUGUUGCUGCAGAUCUUUGUUCAGGGUUUUUAAAUGUGUUGUGAUGUGGACAAAUUCACUGCUACAUUAUGCAAGUUAUAUUAUCAAUGACAAAUGAAAAAAGACAGAAGAAAUCUUUAGCCAAACCUCACCCCUUUUGGUCAAAACGAAACAUAAAGGAGUAUACAAAAAUUACAUAGGCCUAGAAACCCCUGUAUGGUCUUUCUAGCUAGCCCUGGAGAUAAUUACUUUCCAAUUGCCAACGCUCAAAUAUCCAAUUCUUCCUUGAUCUUUUCCGCACUUUGAUUCUACCAGUUUACUAGGCAUUCUGCAAGUUUGCUAAUGCGUAAGUCAUUAUAAUCUGUCUCCUCUCCCUGAGCUGUAUUCCUGGCUCUUAAUUUUUGUGAUAAUCGGAAACAUAUCAUUAGGGUUCAAUUGAUCUAUUCUGUUAAGUAAUUAUUUUCUAACUCCUUUGAGUUUUCUGUUCUCAUAGGUUCUUAAAAUGUCUCCUUGCAGUGAGAGGGCAGAUUUUCUUGUGCAUACACAUGGCAGAAAGGAUCACAUGGGGGCUGCUCAUGGAGCAAAGUCAGGUAGACUCGCGUUGCAGCUCGCGUCUCUCUGUCCAAACUUCCUUUAGGCAUUGUGGCUAUUUAUAUCACAGUCAGUGAAGGGAAAAGUCUAUCCUGCAAUGUCUUGUCAGUCAUCAGUUUUCUUGUCUUCAAUGUGUCGGUAUUAAUGGUGUGGAAUAGCUGACUGAACUGUGCACAGAACUCCAGGCCUGGCCAUUGCUGUGCUUGCACACACUUAUCACUUCCUAGAACUUCUAAUAUUGUAGCAAUCCUUCAUUACUUAAUCUUCAGAGGAAAACAUCACCACAUUUUCUCCACCCCUUCUAAUAUUUUGACUAAUUAACCUUAAAUGCUUGCACUCCAUAAACUACAUUUCCUUGGAUUCAAAAAAAGCCCUGGAGAUAGAUGUUUUGUCUUUACUGGUUGGGCCCUAAUAAGAUGCAGCAGAUCUUUCAUUCAUCAUAAAACCCAGGCAUUGAAUUCUUGGAAUGAAAUUUGAAUAGGUUCUACAAGGGCUGGUGCUAAGCUUUGUCAUUCAGUGAAGGCAAAAUCUAACUCUAUGAACCUUAUCUAUGCCUAUAUUUAAUUUAUAACUUCAAAAUGUAUUUCUGUCUUGCUGUUUACCCAGAUCCAGAUCUGUUUUGAAGUAUUAAUGUUGUUACUCUGCAAUAUAUACAGUUGGGGGAAGAAAAUAAUCAUUUUGAACAUGGAUUUACUCUACACCUGUGUUCCUCAAGCACAGGAUCCAAGUAUUGCCUCCUCCAAUGUAUUUAAAGAGCAGCCACACUAAUAAUCCAUGCAAGAAUCCUCCAAAGAAAACAAAUGCAUGAAUUCUCUAGCCAGCUGCUGUUUGGGCCAGUUCUGUCAUUUAAUAAAAUCAUGGUUUAUCCUCAAGUUCACAUUCCUGCUGAUCUAUACAUCCCUUGAUUCUCUUAUUGUUCAAAAUCUAACUGUCUUAACCCCAAAUAUAAUCAAUAUCAGAGCAUCCACAGCUCUUGGGUAAAGCAUUACAGAGACUCAUAACCCUCUGAAUAAAAGAAUUUCUCCUAGCCUCAUUCCCAAGACUGUGAACUUAUCUUUUUACACCAUGCCUUCUGUUUCUAAACUCUCCAGUUAAAGGAAACUGUUUCAGAAUGUCUGCCUUGAAAUUCUGUCUCAGAAACUUACAUGCUUCAAUCAGAUUACUUGUAUUUUCCCUUACACCAGAUAGAAGUGGCCCAUCCUACUAAAUCUCCUCUCAUAGCACAGCUCCUUCAUACCCGAAACUCCUCAAGUGAACCUAUGCAAACAGAUCUUUCCUUAGUUACAGAGAUCCAAACAGCACAUAAGUCUCCAGGUAUGAUUUAACCAAAGCUCUGCACAGAUACAUAAAGACUUCCCAUACGCUGUACUCCAAACCCCUUGAAAUAAAGGCCAGGGAUCCACUUUGUUUUGGAAGGUCCUGCUAUACCUGUAUGUUAACUUUCUGCACUUCACAGUAUUCUAACAUUUGCAGAAUUCCCAUCAGAUGAAAAAAAUGAUUUCUAUUUUCCUACCAAAAUAAUCUCAAAUUUUUCCAUUUGCCAUUUUAUUCAUUUGCAGACUCCUUGCAUCCUCCUUGCAGCUCACUUUCCCACCAAACUUAACAUCACGAGUAAUUGUAAAUCUUACAUCAAUUUACCAGUGCUGACAGGCAGUCUCUGGGUAAUUCUUUGCAGCAUUUUUCAAAUAUUCCGUAAAUGAAUCCUGCACCUGCGUACCUAUAAUAAGUGGUAUGAUGAGCAACAGGACCUAAAACACAGAAGUGCAGUCACCAUCAGCAACGCCAGUUUACAAUUCAGUUACCUAAUUUGAAAUCAAUCCUGUGAAUUUUAAUCAUUAUCUAUAAGCCCUAUGCAUGAAGUAUUACUGAAAUGCCCUCAGAAAAUCAAAUUAAAUUAUUUCUGCCAGGCAGUCCUCAACUAAUAUGGGUAACUCCUGCUGUACUUAUGACACAGAGCAUGUUGAUGAUAAAUCUUUGGAAGAAUUCAGUGGGUCAGGCAGCACCUUUGGAGGCAAAAGGCAUUAGUCAACGUUUUGGGUCAAGACGCUGCAUCAGGACUAAGAGGGAGCAAGAUAGAUUGCCAGUAUAUACCAGUACAUAGGGAGUGGGAUAGAGGCUUGUAGGUGAUAGGUGGAACCAAGUGGGGGAGGUGGGACAGAGGCUGGCAAGUGAUAGGUGGGGCCAUCUAUCACCUGUCAGCCUCUGUCCCACCUACCCCUCACCCACCUGGUUACAUCUGCCCAUCGUCCCUUCCCCAUUUGGUUCCACCUAUCACCUACCAGCCUUUAUCUCUCACCCUACGUACUGCUAUACAUUGGCAAUCAUCCCUGUUCCCUCUCAGUCCUGAUGCAAGGUCUUGACCUAAAAUGGGUCAAGAACUUGCAUCACAGAUGCUGCGUGAUCCACUGAUUUUUUCCAGUGUUCUAUUUUUGUUCUAGAUUUCAGCAUCUGCGGUCUCUUUUGAUGAUAAAGCUACUGAUUCUCCAUUAGCUGAAUAUUGGUACAUUCCUGAAAAAUGCCAUAAAAAAUCUCUAUUUCGUACUUCAUCCUUAGCUUAUGGAUUUUUAUAUCGUUUUAAAUAUUUGGAAAGCCUUCAUUACUCCAUUUCCUUCCCACAGGUAAUUUUUAAGUAACAUCCAAAAACAGUAAGCUUGCCUUUGCAAAUCUGUCAUCUGUUAGACAUGCCACCUGAUUUUUCUUUUGAUUGGCUUGGUACAUCUGAAGUUAAAAUGUAACCUCUAAAAGUAUGAAAUAGAUGGCCCAUUUCUUUACUAUUAACAGAUUUUAUCAUGUAUUCAUUUAUUUAGGGUGUCCUAAAUAUUUAAAGGUAAAUUUGCAAAGCUUAGCUUAUUUAAGAACUGAGGUCAGCAAAUUGGGUCUCAAUGUACAGUUCACCUCUUCUCAGCCACAUUUUUUUGUCUUUAAUUCCUUGAGCUUCUUCAUAGCAUGUUCUUUAUGAGUGUCUGCAUUUAUUAAUGGAUUGCUAUUCUCAAUUGGCUGGUCUGGAAAUGUGUGCACAUCUAAAAAAUGUUUUCCAUUUGGAAUUUAAACAAUAGUAUAUUUUUUGACUUGUCGGCAAAAGGAUUUGAAUCAGCCUCCACGAAAUUUAAACAUUAUUCUCUUAAGACAAAUAUGAGCAAUUUACAAGUAGUCCAUAAUAAUUUACAGCAUGUUUUCUUAUAAUUGGAAGAUCUUUUGAAUAAAUCAAGUCUUAUUUUGGCAAUGCUGUAGAUUAUCGUAUAGAUCCUUCAUCCGUAUGGAGGACAGAUGCUAAUUAUAAGUAACACUUAAAACAUCAUUUGCAAAUCUCAAGUCGGAAGUUCAAUAAUAGGAUCCAUUCCACUGAAUCAAUUGACAAUUUAAGUUCAUGAGCUUGGGCAUUCAUUCCUCCAGGCUGUCCAUCAAAUUUACUUCCAUCAACUGGGUACAUUUUACCAACCAAACCAUGAACAAACAUCUAUUUGAUAAAGGAGGAAAAGGUUAUCCUGACCAGUUUUAUAUACUUGAACUGAGCCACAUUUUGCCCAUUUAUAUUUGACUCAGCCAUGCAUAAGUGUUAUGGCUCAAUGCAUGUUUCCGGCGUGUGAUAAUGAUCAGUAUCAUCAAAGAAAGGAUAAAUACAUUUCGUGAAGUACUCAUUAUAAGCUUUGCAUUCUUAUUGAACCAUGACUAAGUUACUCAGAGACAUGAUGUACAAAAAAUUGCACAGGAAGAUGAUUUUAUUAACUUGGCAAACAAAGAAAAUCAAAGUCCUUUGUGCCAAUGUUUUUUGUUACAUGAUUGUCUGAAAUUCAACCAAAACUUACUAUAAUCAUCCAAGUCAAGAAAGUAGAUUGCCUUAUGUCACAAUUUUAAAAUCCCAUGCAACCUUUAUCAAGUUGCAACUGUAACAUCAGUUUUAAAUUUCAGAGUAAAAUGACAACUUCAUUUGAUCUCAACACUAUGAUCUUUUCAGUAAUGAUCUAUUUUAUUGUAGAACUUAGUGAAUUUCAGAAUGCAGUGGAGUGAUCUAUAGCUUUUAAUCCUACCUAAUUUCUGGACAUUAGAGAGAAAUAUUUGAAAAUUAUGGAAGGGAGCUGCUAUAUAACUAUAUCAGAAUACAAGAACAUGGUUAACAUCAAUCUUGUCCUCCAGGUCUCAGAUAGGAAAAAUAAAUGAAGGUAUCCAAACAAGUUUGGAGUUGAUAAAUUCCUGAAAAUUAAAAAAAAAAGUGCAACUAUUGAGGAUUGAAUAUAAUUUGGAAGUUGCAAAAACAUAAUAUAUAUAUUUCAUCAUAUAUGUAUAUGAUAUGUAAAAACAAUAGUUCUGGACAUUGCAAAGGAAAUGUUAGACCAUUAUGAUCAAUAUUAUUGUGUCUGAUAAGUUUAUCUUAGGAAAGUGAGACAUUGUAAUUUGUUGUGUUUUGCCACAAUACAGAAAUAUUACUGGAGUUUUUAAAAUAUUUAUGUAUAAGAAAAUACUGGAAAUAAUCAAAAGAUCAGGCAACAUUUGUAGAGAGAGAACAGAGUUGAUGUUUCAGAUUGAUGACCUUCGAUCAGAACAGAUCAUCAGAAAGGAUUCAUGUUGGUGGGAAUGCCUGAUUCAGUUCCAUGCUCUGUUACAUUGGUACUGUGAUAUAAAACCACAUUACUUUCAUCUGUUCACCUCUGCCAGUAAAAGUGAACUUUUAAUUAGCAUAAUUGCUUUUGAUUUCUUACCAAAAAUUUAUUUCACUGGCUCUUUGCUAUGAUGUGAGCUACCAGAUUGAGAAAAAUGCCACUAGUUUACUUAUAAAUGCAACAAUACUGUGAAGAAAUGUUUUUUAUUAAAAGUUAAUUUGAAAUCAA